AUGUCUCCCCACGGCUAUACCCAGGGCAGCAUCGCGCAAUGGGCCAACAAGAACUUUCUUACAGACUUCCGAGAACUCUCCGGGGCGAAACAAGUCGCUGUUCAAUUGCACAAGAUAUCUAAUUCCGGGAGUCAAGGCUAUAUCAAGGGUCUAGUCAUCGGCAUCGGUAUCAACGAGAAGGGCGGGUCGAUCGAGAUACUUGUCUGGCUGAACAACGGUUCCAUGAUCAUCGGAUACGUUACGAAGGUUGGCUCACGCAUACAAGAAACUCGCUUUGACUCCACCGAAUCUGUCAUGGAGAGCGUCACCGAAUUCAAAGAGCCUUUCGGCUGUGUACUGCACGUUGAGGGAGAGGCAGCUAUUGCGAAGUUGGAGGCACUCGUCCGAUACUACCUCUUGCUCAAAGGUUCGACGCAGGCUGUGAAAGAUCGUAUCACAGAGUUUGAAGAACACUUCGGCGACGCUUGCCGAGACAUCGCUGCCGCGCAUAAAACAGAAAGGGAAGAUCCGCCAGAUAUCCGUCUUGGACCAGGGGCAGAUGCUUGGACUUCUUUGGCGUAUCCAGACAGACACGGCCUCUACGACUUUGAAAUAUUCGUUGAAGGUCUGCGCAAUACUUCGGGCAAAGUCAACAUGUCAUCGCAGAGUCCGAAAAGCCACAUUGCUCAUGACCCUCAAGAAUCUGCUAAGGUCGAGAUAAAGAGCCUUAGAAGGAAACCGCAGACCCUGGACAACAGACUGAUGAUGGCGGAAGGCCGGGCGCAAAAAGCAGAGCAAGCUGUGGCGAAGUGGCGAGGAUACUAUGAGCAGCUGAAGAAAGAGAUGGGCGAAGGCAGCAGUCUGAGAUAA